UCCGUGGUUGUAGUACGAUUUAUUGUGCGACUUCGUUUUGCAGAAAUCGAUCUGAAUAUAAGACAGUCCAGAUGGCAGCUGUGUCCCAGUCCACCACGGCAUUGCAAUCGCCAACUGCUCAGACGCCGGAGGCAGCUAGCCGCUUCGACACUCCUGGCUCUCCUGGCUCUCCUGCGGAGCCUGUUGGUGUAGUACAUCUUCCCGAGGAAUACACUCCUGGCUCUCCUGCGGAGCCUGUUGGUGUAGUACAUCUUCCCGAGGAAUACACUCCUGGCUCUCCUGCGGAGCCUGUUGGUGUAGUACAUAUUCCCGAGGAAUACACUCCUGGCUCUCCUGGCUCUCCUGCGGAGCCUGUUGGUGUAGUACAUCUUCCCGAGGAAUACACUCCUGGCUCUCCUGGCUCUCCUGCGGAGCCUGUUGGUGUAGUAGAUCUUCCCGAGGAAUCAAAUUCAACAGAGUGGCCCUUGCCCAGAGGAGCAUUAGUGGAAAAAAACAGUGUAGCACUGAGACAAUAG